UCCGCCCGUUCCUGCUUGCACCGCUUCAGCCUAGCAGUGAGCACCACUUGGCAGAGCAUAUCCUGUGGAAUUGUGGCUAUCGUUCUCUCGCGUUAUCUGGCACACACAUCUUUGCGCUGGGCAGCUGUGGUUCUCAGCAUAAUGAAUGCAAUAAUCUCUGCAGCCUGUACGGUAGGCCUUACUGUAUCUGUUAUAAUCACUGUGGCCAAUGAAGGACGAACUCUGUUGUCUACAUGUUCAUCCAACAACCUGCAGCUUAUGCAGAUAUCCCAUCAAUGUCCCUUUGAUCCUACACGUAUCUAUAGCACAACAUUAUGCCUCUGGGUGAUCUCUAUACUACUGGAUGCUGCAGAAAUGGUGUUCAGCGCACAAUGCUACUUUACAGUACUCCAGCUGAUGGAUGUUCAUCUGUGUCACAAGAAAAGGAAGAAGGUCAGAAUACAGACACCUUUAGAAGAAAGGAGAGCAAGCGUAGAGGAAGAAAUGCUUCGCAGCUAUCUAUAGUGAGUGGCUUUGAAGAUUCGAAGACUAAUGGAUACACAGCAACCCUAACGGUUAAAUACCAAGACAUGCCUCUAUGUCAAAAUCUGCAGCAGGAUCCUGUGGAAAAAUGUCCCAUCUGCAGUAAAUGGACCCGUAUUUUAGAUGCAAGUGGAUGGAACUUUCAUAUAAAGCCUUAAUAUUUUGGGAUCUAGGAAUACAUAUACAGAUUUGUGCAUUUUCAAACACAAGAGAUGCAUGCAGAGAUGCAAACUGAGGACAGCAUUUGGACAUGGAUACAAGACUUUAUUUCUUAUAGAAAAGAUAACAGUGCUCCCCCUGUUUUUGGGCUUUUUCAGUGAAAGAAAUUGCUGAAUGCUGGACUUUACGGCUUGCCUCCUCCAUAUUCACCACUUUCCUAAAAACAUGAUGAACAGUAACAGAACCUGAAGAAACAAUCCAUUAUCCAUGACUAUGACUGGGUACCUGGACAGCUGCCAUAAGCAAACAAUGCCAGCUAGUGCACUAAUACGUCAUCCCGAUUUAUACUUCAGGCAGGAUAUUGCCGAUAAAAUAAGAAUACUAUCAACUAUUCACAGCUUCAUGCAGAGCAUCCUUGCACUCUAAAGUCAUUCUGCAUACAGAGAUGGAUGCAGUCAUGCUGUGAACAUUCACAGAAAUACAGAGCUAAUGCAGGCUGCAUUCUAGCCUUUUUACGAAUAGCAACGAUAAAGAAAAGGAACUUCUCCACAAAGUUUUCCUCAUUAUUAGAAAGAAACAGACUGGAGUCAAAAGAAAAAAUUUGGUACUGUGUUAGCCAGUUUUAUUGCACUCAGGGAGAAAUAAUGUAAUAACAAUCUUGCAGAUAGGAUAACUUGUAAUGGCAAGCAAAAAUAAAAGACAUUGGCCCUGAUUUACUAUUGCAAACCCGACAUGUUUUGUUGGUUUCUGCGCCAGAAUCUGUGCCAGAAUUGAAAAAGCCUGACUAACUCCAUUUUACCGAGAAAACCCCGGAAAGGGUCAUGGCCGCAGUGAAAAGGGGCAUGUUUCCGACAUUUUCACAAAAAAACAUAUUUACUAAGGUUUCCACAGAAAAAUUUACUAAGGUUUCCUACAGAUCAGAGCAUGUGUAAAAAAAAAAAAAGCAAAGUGUAGGGAAAAGUGCAAAAUGUAGGGAAGCCUUUGUAAAUACCAUGGAAAAAAAAUUGUAGUGAAAUAAAACCCACAAAGAAACAUACACUCCAUUCUUAGUAAAUCAGGGCCAUUAUGUUAAACAACAACUUCAAGAUGGUGUGUGGCCAAGUCCCAAAACAAUUUUAUUAAUAUAUGGUUUUUAAAUAUCUUAGGAUGCCCUGAUCACACACCUUUUUAAGUUUUUUUGAUAUUAACUUCUGUUCUUGAGAUAAGAAGGCUUGUAAUUUGUCUGACAAUUCCGGGAAUCAGAUGGGUGUGAACAUAAUAUAAAAAAUAGGAGGGAAUAUAAAGUGAUGGGUGGGAUUAUACAGUUAAGGGAUAUUAAUAUUGUACAUUUAGGGGGGAUGCCUAAUACACACCUCCUGACUGUAUAAUCUCGGUCAUUCAAUCCAAUUAUUAAAAUUAAGUUCACACCCAUCUGACCGAUUUCCUGAAUUGUGUGAUAAACUAUAAACCCACAUAUCUAGGGAACAGGAGGGCAUAUCAAUAAAUUGUAAUAAGGUAUGAUCAGGGUAUACUGAGCUAUUAAACGAUAACACAAUCUCAUUUUAUGUGGUUAGGCACAGGUUCUCUUUAAGGGUAUGUUCACACUACGUAUUUUGAACGGAAUUCCACGAGCGGAGAUACCAUAGGACUGUGUGGCACUGCGCCGUGACUACUGAUGGCUAUGAAGUGCUCAAGGACUUCCGUGCAAAGAAUGAACAUGUUCUUUCUUUGCGGGAAUCAAUUUCAGCGGCGGAAUUCUCUGGCGUGGAAAUUCUGCAAUGUGAACGGGUCCGCAAAAGACCCAUUCACACUGUUAGAAGUUCACACCGCGGAAUCACGACACGCACUUCAGCGUGCGGAAUUCCGCACUAAUUAUGUAGUGUGAACAUACCCUAAGUCUCUUCAGAUCUAACAUCUGGUUUUAUUAUGCUGCAUGAAGAAAUCUAAGUUGUCUGGAAAGCUUACUAUUUACCAUAAUUUCUUUUAUUUUUGCUAGCCACUAAAAAGGUAUCCUAUCUGUAAGACUCCUGUUUUACUUUUUGAGGGCAAUAAAACUUACAUUUAAAAAAUGUGACUAAACUACAGUAAUAAAAGUAUGGCUCCUGCUUCCUGGUGAAAUGUCUGCAUGGACAGAGCUCUGAAUAAUGUUUAGACAGUAAGACAUGUAAAAAGUGGACAGAAUCCAGGUUUAAAAGUCCAGUUAGAAAUAUCAACAAUAAAAGUAUUACAACACAUGAAAGCUAAUUCGCUAAUUCUGCUAAAAAAAAGAACAAAGCAUAAUGACAGUCAUGCCAUUCCACACUACACUGAAGUCUUAAAGUUGCCUUCUAUGGGUAAGAAUACAUAAGAACUUCUGAAUGCGCUCAGCCUCAAUAGUUAAGCACAUAGAGCAAGCAAAACAAACAAAAACACUCAAACUAACAUAUCUGUUAAAUUGGUCUGUUACUCAUAUCCACUCCUUAUUCUACAAAUUGGGGGUAGUAGCCUUGUGUUCAGUAGUGCCACCAAGUGGUUCAACUGUCAUGAGAAAAAAUACUGUGUAAUCCUAAAAUGACACUUCUUGUGUACUUCAGUCAGGAUUUCAUUUUUACAUAUCAAUUGUUCAU